GGUAAAACUCUGAUUAUCAAAGUGCUGUUUCUGCAGUUUUUACAGGCUUGUAAUGCACUGGCAACAAGUGGGAAUCAGUACUGUCCACUUUGGUUUUGACAUCUGCAGACAUCAGGGUCAUCGUAUACCACUAAAAACAUUUCAACUGAAGCCUUGGUUGAGACAUCUGUAACUUUCUGAUGAGGUAUGGAUGCUUUUGAGGGAAUUCACAGUGUCAAGAUUUCGUCCUCUCCGCCAUCUUCACCUUCAUCCAGCCUGGGAUAUGAAGUCCUCAAGGUGGGGAGAUCUGGAAUAGCAGUAUAUUCCUCUACUGUCUUCUAUGGGACACGUGAUGUGCCGGGACAGCCGGCAUCCAAACACAAGGCCAGAGGGGAAAAUGAAGAGGAAGGCUGUGCUGUUGGGCAGUUGGUAGAUCUGGAUCCAGAGCCAGAGUGCAGAGUGGAAGGAGGCCACACUGGGCCCACCUCAGGCAAAGCUCAUGGCGUCCUUUCCCGGCUUCGCAGCUCCUCACUGGAAAUCAAAGAAAAAGAAAUCAGAGAAAAGGGUUCAGAAAUCCUGAGGGAACAGCUGGAUGCUGCAAAGAGGGAACUGAAACUAAAAGACAAGGAGUGUGAGCGUCUGUGCCGGGUCAGGAAUCAGCUGGAGCAGGAACUGGAGGAGCUGACUGCUAGUCUGUUUGAGGAAGCUCACAAGAUGGUGAAUGAAGCUAAUGUGAAACACGCAGCAGCAGAGAAACAACUGAAGGAGGCUCAAGGGAAGGCUGACGUUCUGCAAGCAGAGGUGACGGCCCUUAAAACUCUGGUGUUGACAUCCACACCAUCUUCACCAAACAGACAGCUGCAUCCACAGCUGCAGUCUUCAGGAACCAAGGGAGCAUAUAAGCAUGUUGGGGGACACAUCCGCAACAAGAGCAUGAGCGGCACCUUGUCAUUCCUGCCUGGAAAACCUGAACCUUUGUCAGCUUCUGUUCAGCCUGUGACCACAGAGGACAGAGAGAUGGAUUCAGUUCUGUAUGCAGAGUUUUUGAUGUGGAAGGAACAUCCAAUUCUAGAUCGCUCGUCUGCCUUCCUGACUCGUAUCUACAGAGAAGACAUCGAACCCUGCCUCUCUUUCACAAGAUCUGAGUUGUCCCAGCUGGUGCAAAGUGCAGUGGAAAACAACUCCCUGACUAUUGAGCCUGUGGCCACGUCAGCAUUACCAACAGUUAAAGCCUCAGCUUUGGAGUGUGGAGGCCCUAUUGGCUUUAGGGCAGCAAUAGAGACAAAAUGUGCUUUAAGUGGCAUGUCGCAGCUUUGCCAACAUCGCAUUAAACUUGGUGACAAGGAGAACUACUAUUACAUCUCUCCCUCCAGCCGAGCAAGGAUCACAGCAGUUUGCAAUUUUACUUCUUAUAUCCGCUACAUCCAGCAGGGCCUGGUGAGACAAAAUGCGGAACAGAUGUUCUGGGAGGUGAUGCGUCUCCGCAGGGAGAUGGCUGUGGCCAAGUUGGGUUUCUACCUCACAGACCAGGGUUAGAGGACCUGACUGUCCACGGGUACGCUCGACAGGAAAGCACAAGCCCAGGACCUUGAUCAUUCAGACCGUCAGGGUUACACUGUGGUAACAAACAGGUCUUGGAUCACUUUUUAUAGCAGAGGUUGUACAACAUUAGUGCUGCAGCAAAGACCAAUGAACAAGGGAACAAGAAAAUAGUGUCACUUUUGGAUAUGUGAUAAGACAAAAGUGAAACCAGUACGGCUAGAGAGAACUAAAAAUAAGUUUUAAAGUUUGGAUGUUACUCCCAGAUAGAUAAAAUGUAUUUUUCUGAAUCUGCACAGACAUAUUUUUCUGUUAUACUGCAGGCUUCCAGUAAUUAUUUCCACUAGUGUUAGGAAUGGUUUGUUUUUAUCUCCCCGGUGGAGUACACACAAUUUCUCAUGCCAACACAAUAGAUUCUAUGUAUCGCUUUUCAGUCACCAGCUUGUUCAAAAGUUGAUCAUAACGCAGGACAAAAGCACUCUAGAAUGUAUUUGUUCUCUUACCUAAGGUAUUAUAUACUUAAAAUAUUAUAUAUGUAAGAUACGUGAGCUUGACAUUUUCCAUGUAGCUUCCACAGAGCAAUGAUUUGGGCAGUUUUCUUUACUUCUGCAUCAAUGUUAUGCAUGCUAGCAUCUCUUAGUUUAAGUUACUGGCUCAAAUACUAUGACCAAGACUUCUUUGGCUCAGCACACUUGCACGACCCGUUUGAGGACUCGUACUAAACAAAUUCCCAUUAGCCUGGCCUGUAAUAAUCAGAUAAACUGUUAAUUAUUGUUACACUGCCACAUUCAAAAUAGUAACAGCUUUGCAAUGUAAUCAGAAAAUAAACAAGCUUUAAUACAAGUAAUCACAAUAUGCACAACUGUUGCAAUCUGCCAUGGACAGUAAUAUACUGUAUAUAAGCCAUAAAUGACUUUGCAUGAAUGCAGUACAGAGCUGUAUAAUGCAGUGUGUAUUCGUUAUACCUCAGUGAAGAUUUGUUACCAAUAGUAAUCAGUUUUUACAGGCAAGUCUUUUGAAGGUAAAAAUAAAGAAUACUGUGUCAGAACAUGCAAUAACAGCUUUUUAGGCAUAUUUAGGGAAUUGAGGUUCCUAACCUCAGUGUACUGAUAGUCAGCUGGCUCCCAGUGUAAACUCUCCAUUAAAGAGGAGACACUGUAGCCCAUCACCUACUGUGUGUGAUUUUACACAUAGUACAAAGGUGAUGUUUCUUGCUCAGAGGGUCUUUGUGCUAUGAAAGUCUGUUUUUGGAGCAAACAUUCCAGUAAGAUUUUAGUUUCUGGAUUGAAAAGACUUAAGCUUGUCAUUCUGUUGCUUCAUCAUAGAUGUUACAAUGGACCUUAAUAAUGUUCAGCUUGUUGUUAAUGAAUGAAUACAGUCUACUUCAACUCUAAAUAGUUAAAUACAUAGACAUUUCAAAAGUCUGCAUAAUUAACUUAAGUUAGACAUAUAAUUCUAGAUGAAGAAAAUAAAAAUUGAACAAACUUUUA